GUGCUGCCGGCUACCGUCCAAUCAGACUGCGGCUCUGCGGGAUGCUGCAGCUCCUUGACGGGUGAAGGCUGAAGCUGCUGCGUGAUUCCGCUCCGGGAAACGGUCCCUGCCCUCCUCUGAGGAGAUGGAGCGCCUGUCCUGAGGCUGGGUUGACCAGGCGAGUAGCUCGGACGCGGAGGAUCUCACGAUGAUGUCCUCUUUCUACCACCAGACCAAGGAGGCGGAGAUGGCGGCCAUGACGGAGCCGCUGUGCCUGGAACGAGAUGUGUGCCGGGUGAUCGAGCUGCUGGACCGGCUGCAGAGGACCGGGGAGUUGCCUCCUCCCAAACUGCAGGCCCUACAGAGAGUCCUGCAGAGCAAAUUCUGUGCAGCCAUCAGGGAGGUAUACGAGCAACUUUAUGACACUCUGGAUAUUGUUGGAGGCCCAGAGGUCCGAGCACAAGCAACAGCCAAGGCCACAGUGGCCGCCUUUGCAGCCAGUGAGGGCCACGCCCAUCCGAGAGUGGUGGAGUUGCCUAAAACAGAAGAGGGGCUGGGUUUCAACAUCAUGGGCGGGAAAGAGCAGAACUCCCCCAUCUACAUCUCCAGAGUUAUCCCUGGAGGGGUGGCUGAUCGCCAAGGAGGGCUAAAGCGAGGAGAUCAGCUGCUAUCUGUCAACGGAGUGAGCGUGGAGGCAGAGCAACAUGAAAAGGCUGUGGAGCUUCUGAAAGCCGCCCAGGGGUCAGUUAAGCUGGUGGUCCGCUACACUCCCAAGGUCCUGGAGGAAAUGGAGGCUCGCUUCGAGAAGAUGAGGAGCGCCCGGAGACGACAGCAGCACAACAGCUACUCGUGAGACUCCUUAUCUCUGGAGUCCAGGGGCUAACUAAUCCAAUACCUCUACCCACUUCAUCAUUCGACCUUCCUGACUCUGCUGUUCUUGCGAGAGGACCUGCAAGAAAUAGGGGAAAAACCCAAAGUAGCCCAUUAGCAAACUGAAGAUUAUGACUUUUCCCCUUUCCUCAUUCCUUAUCUUUAUACAAAUGCUGAGUAGUUUUCCUGUAACAAUAUGGCUGUAAUGUUAAUAUUCUAUUGUCAAAACAUUACUUUAGAUACUCUCUUUAGUGUGUAGCUUAAAGCCAAUCUUGGCAUGAUCUUUGUGUCUUCUGUUGUAGUUAUGGUCAUCAGCAGACUACACAGUCUGCUGUAGUCCUUGUUGGCAGAGGAAAUGUCUCUAACCUUGUCAAUAUGUCUAUCAGAGUGCUUAGCUACAGGGCUAGCUAAAUUCUUAUUGUUGGCUAAUGCUAAAUAACACCAGGAGAUUUUUGUUGUCUGUGUUUACAUGUGUUGGCAUCUUCUCCCACAAAAUAAAUCCUAAAUGUAAGCCUGCUU